AUGGCAAACACCGAGGGGUCGCUUGGCGGGUUGUUUUUGAUGAUCAUGUUCGUGGACAGCUUCUCGCGGUGGAUGAAGCUGUACGGGAUGAGGCGCAAGGCGGACACCCUCGCCUUCGUCAAGAAGUUCCUCGCCGACAUGAGUGGCACCGGUGUUCCUCGCUCUUUCCGGAUGGACAACAGGGGGGAGUUCGUCAGCCACGACUUCAUCGCCUUCUGCGACAACGCCAGCAUCCGCCGCACGUACACAGCGCCGGGCACCCCGCGGCAGAAUGGUUCGGCGGAGAGUGCGAUCUGGCGCGUGAACAAGGAGGGCCACACCGCUCGUCUCGAGGCACGCCGCCUGUUCCCGAAGAUCGACUUCACCCGCAUCACUGGCUUCGGGCGCGAUGGCGAGCGCCUUUGGCUAGAGUCGUGUCACUGGGCUGCCGGCGGCCUCAACCGUUCCCCAACCGAGGCAAACGUCGGGUACAAGUCGCCGCACGAGCUCUUCACCGGUCGCCCGCCACCGCUCCAGAUCGUCCCGUUCUUGCAGCCGGGGUAUAUGCGUGUGACGCGCGCGAGGAAGAUGGAUCCCCAGGCAGUGCUGUGCUGCUACCUCAACAACGGCGACAACCAUCACGAGUCGGCGGUCAAGGCGCCGCCGGCAACUUCCACACCACCAUCGCCGACGGCGCCGCACUCUACCGCAGCCACGCCACCGUUCACCACAACCGCGCCGCCUGCAACGCCGUUCGCCGCUGCGCCACCGUUCGCCACCACCGCGCCGCCUGCCACGCCGUUCGUCGCCGCGCCACCGUUCACCACUGCCGCUGCGCCGCCGGCUGCACCGUUCACCACCGCCGCUGCACCGUCAGCAACACCGUUCCCCGCCGCCGCACCGUCCAGUGCCGCGCCAUCGACCAACGUGCCGCCGCUCAGCGCGAGGACCAUCCGUGAACUGGACGUGGGGCACGGGGACACGAGGGUUUCUGGGCACACAAGGGCAGCCGCUAAGGACCAGCGGGGGGGGCGGGCGUCGUCAAUGACGCCCCUCCCUGCCAGGGCCAAUCGAGAGCUGGACUUGGGACGAGAGACGCGGGUGCCAGGGAGGUUGAGGAGUCGGGGGGUACGUUUCCAGGAUGGGGGGGCCGAGCGGUCGACGUCACCUGGCGCGAGCGGCGACGCUCCCGCCCACCGCUUCGGGCUUGUAUUCCUGCAGGACAAGGCAACGCUCCUGUAG